AUGGCACCUGUCAAUAUACCCAAUAUAUUGAUAUACUUUUCAGGUAUAAUAAGACCCAAAUUAUUAAGACCCCACUUGAGAGUACCCAGUAUAGCGAAUGUCGAUUUCGUCAAGUUGAGGAAAGAAGGUUAUAAUGCUGUUGUCAUAGAUAAAGACAAUUGUCUGACAUUACCGAGUAAAGAUGAUAUAUACCCACCUUAUCAAACGGCAUGGAAUGAUUUAUUGGAAACGUUCAAUCCUGGAAAAGUGUUGAUAGUAUCAAAUUCGGCUGGAACGAAGAAAGAUCCAGGUGGAAUAGCUGCCGAAGCAGUAUCUCUAUCACUUGUCGCGCCUGUUUUAAUCCAUUCACAAGCCAAACCAGGAUGUUCCUCAACUAUCAUAUCUUAUUUUCAAGGUAAACUUGGGAAACCAAUAACGCUUCGUAAGAGAAUCAUAGAAGAAUCAAACAAAGUUCUGGAAGAAGAAAAAAGUGAUGAGCAAAUGUUAUGGUCAAGAUGGUCAAAUGAAGUUUCAGGUCCGUUGCUAGGUCAUUAUACUAAUAACAAUCAACAGAGAAAAGGUGAUAGAGUGAAAGUGAAUAAUUCAUCGACAUCGACAUCGACAUCACCAGAAACAACAGCAGGUCAAGAGGAACAAUCAACAAAUAACAACGAUGAAUUACGAUUACUGGUGAUUGGAGAUAGGUUGUUUACGGAUACAUUACUAGCACACCGAUUAUCCCUUCAUUUACCAAAACCAAAACCAACCACCACGUCAACAGACUUACCAUCAGUCUUAUCAAUCUAUACCACUUCCCUUCCACAACCAAAAGAUGUUCGACCAUUAAGAUGGCUGGAAGAACGAUUAUCUUCAUCAAAGACCAAAGGAGAUUAUACAAGAUUCAUCCUUCGAGAGAACGAGGACCGUGAUAAUCUAUCAACAACAACUUCAGAUGUAACUUUCACAAGAGGACAGGGUAUCAUAUAUGCCUGGAGAUGGUUUACACCUUCGAGAUGGAAAGAGUUUGAUCAAUCUUUAGAACCAUUAACGAUAAAUCCUAAAUCAUGGAAACCACUUCCGUUAUUAGUGGGUUCAAGUAAAUCAUUAUAUUGGACAAUAAUCUUCAUAACGAGAUACACGAUAAACGGUGUCAAGUAUAUCGUGAAUCGGAUAAGGAGUAUGAUCGAUAAGAGUUCUCAAAAAUCAGGAGAAAACGACGAAAAGAUAUCGUCGCCGGUACCAGAAAGUAAUGAUAAUAGUCAAGGGAGAAAAACAGGAAACCUAUUGAAAGAAGCUGACAACGUACGAAGAGAGGAUAGAUUUGUACCGCAACAAGGUAUUUCAUAG